UGCCGCGACCAAGCGAAAAAUACGGGUCAGUGUGUGAUCGAAGAAGUCGGACAAAGACAAUACAAAGACAACACAAUCAUGCGAAGCUAUUGCCUCAUCAUCGCAUUGUGCCUACUUGGAUUAGUGGCAGCCAAAUCUCCGGAGGAAGAUCGAGAUCAGUGGGUCUGGCGAUCUUACAACCGAAGGGAGCGCUCCUUUCGGAACAUAGAUCGCAGUUCCCCCAUUAGAAAUUCAUAUGACCAAAAGCUGAGGAGGGAACCCACCACACGCAGACCUUUGCCCGGCGAACCGGAGAACGAUGAGAUCGAGGACUAUGCGGACGUGGAGCCCACCAGGUCCUCGGACACUCCCAACGUUGGCACCCGUCAGUUCAAUCCCUAUGGCGGCCAAACUAAUGCUGGACAAUUCGGAGCAGGAGUUGGUGGAUACGGUGGAAAUCCAGGCGUCUUAGUUGGACCCGGAGGACCUACUGGAAUCAUUGGCAGACCUCAAUUGUACCCCAGUCCUUACCAACCAGGCUAUGGAGGAUUCUCGGGAGCUCAGAACGGCAUUGGGGGAUAUCCCGGAGGAUAUGCAGGAGUGGGACAGGGACUUCCCGGAGCUGGAUAUCCUGGAUCCAACGUGGGUGGCGUUUUCCCCGGAUCUAACGUAGGAGGUGGAUUCCCCGGCACCAGCGUGGGAACCGGCUUCAACGGCUAUUCCAGCAACGGACUUGGCCUAAACCAAUUCCCCAGCAACGGACAGUAUCCUUAUGGAUCCUACCCUGGAGGCGACUUCGGUGGCAACCAGUUUGCAGCCCCGGGUGGACAGUUCCCUGGACUAGGACAAUACCCCUCUAAUCAACAGUUUGGAGGACCACAGUAUACUGAGGGUUAUGGAUUGGCUGGAGGAUUGGGCUUGGGUCAGCUUGGUGUUGGAAACGGUGGUAUUGGAUAUGGCAGUAAUUUUCCACCUGUGGGUGGAUUUGGCUUCGAUGAGAAAUCGCCAGCUGUGGCCGAGGGCAAAAGUGCUAAAAGUGUGGCUGCGGCACCCAGAUCGGUGAACGAUAAGCUCAGUAAGAAAGUAUAGGACUUUAUAUUCUAAGCUCAAAAGCAGUGUUGUGGAAUUGGACAUGUUCCUUUUUUACUCCUUCUCACUGCAACUAAAAAGAUCUGCAAUCAAAUCCCCGAAUCUAUUGUUUCCUAAUUAUACACUUCCAUCUAGCAUCAGUUGUAAAUAGUUCCCUUAUGCUAGGCAUAGUUUAGGCUUAGAUUAAGCAAAUAAAUCCCAUUGUUUACCCAACUGUGUUCUUUUCAAAUGUUGGGUAUACUCUUUAAGAAUCUGAAACCUUACUCCUCAGCAAUUAAAUUUAAAAUUUACUGA